UGUAGGUAUGACAUUCUCUCUCAGACUCCAGCCUACACGCGCUCCACAGAAGUUUGGUGGUUACGUUUUCUUGAGUGUCGAAUCUGUACCGAUGGAAUGGGGCAGAUAGAUGCUCACGCGGUGGAGUUUUAACUAAAACUGAGGAAUUAGUAUAUUUUCCCAACUUUUUCACCUCGAGCCAAUAACUUUUAUUUUACAGGAUUUUUUGUGUAAUUGGUGUGGACUUUUUGGAGUUUCCAAAGAGUUUAUACAAAGUUCCCUACGACUUUUUGGAUUAUUAAAUUUUAGAAAGGAAUUUACCAUUAAGAUUACAUUUAUACUCGUUAUUAAUAGUUCGCUGUCUCCUUUGUGUAGAACAACAUUAUUAGAAAACAGCUGAACACGAAUGAGACUUCGAAAGAGCGCAACUUAUGAUCGAUUUUCUUGAGGAGUUGUCCAACAUCGAAAAACUUUAAUUACCCGGUUUAUCCAAGUGAAUUGUAACAUACUAUAUGAACGUGUUAUUGUUUUAUUAAGACCUGUUAAUUUGGGGGAUUUGUCCUCACAGAAUAUUGAACUUUUUGGCCAUUGAUUUGUUAGUUCUAAGGCUCAGUGGAUAUCGGCUCGGUGGAUAUCAUGGGACCGACUGAACAAGAAAAGGAGACGGGGAAUCAUUGGCCAAUUUGGACUCUAAUGUUCGGGUUGUUCCUGUGUAUUUCUCCUGUGGACGGGUGCCCACAUAAGUGCAGUUGUUCUGGUUCACAUGUGGAUUGCCAAGGUCAAGGCUUUAGGACCGUGCCAAAAGGAAUACCAAGGAAUACCGAGCGUUUGGACUUGGACCGGAACAACAUCACCAGGAUAACAAAAGUGGACUUUUCAGGCCUGAAGAACCUGCGUGUUCUGCAUUUGGAGGACAACCAGAUCAGUGUGAUAGAGAGAGGAGCUUUCCAGGACAUCGAAAAACUGGAGAGAUUGCGUCUGAACAGGAACAAGCUGCAGGUUCUACCAGAGCUCCUCUUCCAGACCACAUCCAAACUGGGCCGACUGUAAGUGUGCUCCUCCUCUCUUCCUCUCCUCGUUUUCCCCUC